UGCGUUUUCAUUUCUCAUUUGAUAUACUAAUGGUAUUGUUAUGCAUUCAACUUUUAACUACUAUUUGAACGAAUUUAUGUUUUUUAUAUGCUCAAGAUUUUUUUUUUAUAUACUUGAGGUCGGACAAAAACUAAAAUUUAAUUUGGAGAAUUUACUAGUCUAGAUUAGAUUCUUUGUUGAUAUUUACAUUCAUUUACUUUUUAGGUACGAGUUAAUUGCAUCUUACUUUUCGAUACACUCAAGAUUUUUUCAAUGUACUUGAGAUUGGACAAAACUAAAAACUAAUUCCGGAGAAUUAGAUAGUCGAGAAUUGAAAGAUUCUAUGUCUUAGAUCGUUUUAGAUUGAGUAUUUGCAGAGUAGUUUGUAAACACAAUGUUAUGUUUCUUUUUAAACUAUUCUUAUACAUGUAUUUUCCUUUUUGCUUUGUACAUUGUUGGUAAUGUUAUUUAUUCAAUUCUUCUUUAUGAUUCAACUAGAUCUAAGUUUUUGAUGUAAUCAAGAUUUUUUUUGAUAUACUAGAGGUUGGAUAAAACCUAAAAAUUUCGGAGAAUUAAGAUGACGAGAAUUAAAAGCAUUGUUGAUAUUGUUAUUCAUUUAGUUUUUAGGUAUGAUUCACUUGGAUCUAAGAUUUUGAUGAUGUCAAGAUAUUUUCAAUAUACUCAAGGUUAGACAAAAAUCAAAAUUAUUUCGGAUAAUUAAGUAGUCGAGAAAUUGGAUACUUCACAUUUUAGAUCCAUUAUUUGGAGAGUGGAAUUUCAAAAUAAAGUUAUGUUUCUGUUACAAUCUAUUCUUAUACAUGCAUUUUCGUUUUUGGUUUGAUACAUUAUUGGUAUUGUUAUUCAUUCAAUUUUUAGCUACGAUUCCACCGGAUCUAAGUUUUUCAUAUACUCAAGAUUUUUUUCGAUAUACUUGAGGUUGGACAAAAAAUCCAAACUAAUUCGGAGAAUUGGGUAAUUGAGAACUCGAUAUAUUGUUGAUAUCACUAUUUAUUUAGUUUUUUGGUACGAUUCAACUGGAUCUAAGUUUUCGAUAUACUCGAAAAUUGUUCAAUAUACUCAAACUUGGACAAAACUCAAAAUUAUUUUGGAGAAUUAAGAAGUCGAGAAUUUGGAGAUUACGCGUUUGUGAUCCAUUAUUCGCAGAGUGGCAUCUAAACACGAGAGUAUUAAGAAGUCGAGAAUUUGGAGAUUACGCAUUUGUGAUCCAUUAUUCACAGAGUGCCAUCUAAACACAAGGUGAUCAAAGCUCAACAUGCUCCGCAAAACAGGAAGAAGAAGCAGGAGAAACGGGAGGGUCUGGAUCUUGGCGCCAUUUAUCUCCCGGUAGUGAUGCUGCUAGACUAGCGGCUUUGUUUGGAGCAUCAAGGCUGGUGUACGAGAAACUAUCUAUGAACACCAGCAAGAAGGAUUUGAGUUCCUCUUGAAGAACUUGGCAGGAAGUACUGAUAUUUCGGAGUUAAAGAACUCAAAUCUACCUGGGGUGGGCGAAUGCAUCAUUUCUCAUGCACCAGGUACUGGAAAGACACAUCUGACGAUUGUAUUCCUUGAGACGUAUCUAAAGAUGUUUCAAACUGUCUUCCAUGAUUAUCAUACCAGCAAAACAUACUAUGUACUUGGGAAUUAGAGUUCAGAAUGUGGAGGGCUGUGUUUCAUUUCCGCAACCUGAACAAUCCAGCAUUCAUCGGCGACGAGAGGGCGGCUGCUGACCAUCUCUUUAAAGGGCCAAAGAUCAGAUGCCGCGAUAUGGAGGCUACCUGCAUGGUCAUAAUAUAUGCGUGGAAGAGGGGGGGGAGUCCUUUUGGGGAUUAGCUACAAUUCUUUCGAGAAGUUAACGGCAAAGAAGCACGUGGAGGAAGAAAAUGUAGGCGAGGACAGGUGCUGAAGAGAACUUGGAAGUUCUAAGGUCGACACUUCUUGCGAUGCCUGAACUAGUGAUUCUUGAUGAAGGCCAUACUCCUAGAAACAACAGGAGUAAGAUUUGGACAUCCCUAGUUCAGCUCAAGACAGAAAAGUGUGUCAUAUUGUCCAGGAUGCCGUUCCAAAACAACUUCGAAGAGCUGUUCAAUACCCUGAAGAUCGUAAGGCCGACAGUGGCAGGAAAGAUUAAGCAGGAUCGGAAAUUCGCUGAAAUUAUGCAUUCAGACAAGAAAGCCCAAAGCUCUCGGCCUGCUUUACUUCCCGGAGCAGCCAAUCGUGUAGUGGAGAGGCUUAAAGUCUCCAUCUUGCAUUUGGGAACUGUCCUACAAAAUAAUCUCCCUGGAUUAAGAGACUCUGUAAUCCUCCUGAAACCGACUGGAUUGCAAAAGAGACUGAUCGACAGGCUGGAAGAGGAACUGUUGAGGAAACCAUUUAAGAGUGAAUUUGGAUUCUCGUUGGUAACUGUUCAUCCUUACCUCACCCAAAAAUGCAAGUCGCAAGUGCCAACCAAUCGAAUUGAUAUGCAAGCAGUCGAGGCAUCAAAGCUCAUUCCUGGCGAAGAGUCAAAAUGCAGACACUUGUAGAAUAGGUUGUGAUUUGUAAAGAUUUAUGAUGAAUUUUGUAACCUUUUUAAUUAUUUUGACCGAUUGUUAAUUUUGCAAUUGCUCUAUAUUUGCACUAAAUGUGUUUGAUUGGAUAGCUUAAGUUAUAAGGUUUUAAGAAUGUUUUCUUAAUAUU